AUGGCAGACAAAGUGGGCUCCAGCGAUGAUGUCAACACAAGCUCUGUGACAGAAGAGAUCAUCUCACAUCAAGACCACAAGCAUCCCUUCUCAUUUCUACCUUCUCUUCCUGGUCUUCAUUUAUCUUUACCUUCCCCAGCCUCUCCUCCAUCAGAUCAGGCCUACCUGCAAGCAGGAGCCAUUUUCCAGCAGCUGCGGACAGAAAAGCCAGUAACGCAACAGAUUCUGCAUUAUGGGAAGAAGAUGGACACACCGCUACCAGAGAGAGGAGACAAGCCCACUCAGAGACAGGCCUACCAACUCGCCUUCAACACACUUAAAUACCGUGAUUUACUAGAGGACAUCAUUACUGACAGCUGCUUCCACACUUCUCAGCAUAUUUCCAGUGACUUGUUGCCGUUGGCGAUGGUGAUGCUGUUUGACUUCCAGGACCGAAGGUUUUUGUUGCGUGAACGUUCAACAAAGGAAGGGGAGGAGCUUUUCCAGGAAGUCAGGGACCUGGAGAGCAGUCUACAGAGGUGUAAAACCAAGCUGGCAGCAUCUUUAGCUCGCUGCAGAGUGAAACAGAAUCUGCAGAGCAUCUCUUGUUUUCUGUCUGAUCCUGUUAGGACCAAACAGCAUAGAGCAAAACAACUGCCACUCUAUGCGUGGGUCAAUACUCUCAAGACCAGUGUUGAGGAAGUGUGCGAAGCGUUACAAAGCACCGGCUUGUGUGAAGUGAAAAUCAUGACUGACCUCAGAGAGGCAACGUUCUGCAGAGACCCUCUCUGUCCAGACACACUUGUCUUCUCCCAACCGCUUCAUGCUCUGCUGCAGCAUAGCAGCCUCACAAGUACACAUGCACUUAACAUACAGGACAGGAGUGUGUGUGUGGCAGUGAGCGCGUUACGCCCCCUGCUGUUUGAUAACGGUGACGUCCUGGUGGUGGGGUCUUUCUCAGCUGUGACCGUGGCUCAUAUAUCUGUGGCGGCCGCUGCCCGCUCUGGCCGAGUGUUGGUGUGUGGUGCUGAUCUCCCUCCUUUACAGAUAGAGGAGAUACAAGAACUACUCACACAAAUGGACGUCAAAAAUGUGCGAGUCUUGUCAGAAGCCUUCUUUGGUCUGGAUGAGUGGAACGCCACCAUCCAGCGUUUAAAGGUCAUCAUAGUUCUGCCUCAGUGUUCGUCCUCCGCGCUCAAUGACCCUGUGCCAACCAUCCACAGUGAACAUGGAGACUGGGAUCUACUGCCAGACUUGUGUCACAGUUCUGUAUCCCGGAGCAAAAUACACACAAUGGCCACCCAGCAGGCACGACUGCUAGCACACGCUCUCUCCUUCCCAAAGGUUCAGACAUUGGUCUACUGCACACGCUCAGUGUAUCCUGAGGAAAAUGAACAACUGGUGAAAAGAGUUUUAGAGAAAACACACACGCACCCCAAACUGCUGCCCUUCAGGGUGAACGGUCCGAUUUUCCCAGACGAUUCCCAGUCAGGCACAGACACAACAGACUCCAAAUUCUUCAGGCUCAAAACAUCUCAGUUCACCAACGGCUGCUUCAUCGCACGGCUGUCCCGACAGGCGGAUCCCACUAAGGUAGAAACAGUCCACGACGUGCUGGCAAGGGCAGCAGCAAAGGGCCUCCUGGGUGGAAUAAUUCCUGAACAAUCAAAAACCACUAAAAAGGGGAAAAGCAAGAAGAACCGCCCCGCCUCACCCAGCAGCAAACCUUUAUUCCCUUCGAGCCAAGAGAGGCAGACAGGAAGGGAGCUUGUGAAUGGAGAAGAUCCAGCUGCACUUUCAGAACAUGAAGAGAAGAAAGGUGAAUGUGGUGAGGAGGGAGAGGAGGAAAAGGAGGAAGAUAAGGAGGGAAAGGGAGGAAAUAAGACCAGAGGGCUUAAAGGAAGUAAGCCAAAAGUCAAACGACGACCAAAACAAACCAACAGGACUACCACAGUCUCGAAGCAUUACCCUAAAAGCCAUAAGAAGAAAUCAACAAAGAGAAAAGUCAACCAAUCACAUCUCAAGAGGCGCCUUACAAAAAGUAAACCGAGAAGAAUACCUCGUCUUACACUGACGUUGAUGUCUUCUGCAAAACCUUCCAGCCACUUGUCUCCAAUCACAGCCCUGGCGCACAAGCUAAGUAAAAAUGCAACGAUUACAUCACAGCAGACGGUCUUUAGCACCUUUUCCCCUGCCAGUCCUGCUCCACCUGCUGCUCCCCAUGCAGCCUCCAAGCAGGUGCAGAAACACAACACUGAGCCUGAAAUAACAGCGAAAACAAUAAAGGAUGGAGCUAAACCAGAAAGUCAGUUUAAGGCCAGAGGAAAGGUGGUCAGGCCUAAAAUCGAGGUGGUGACAGAGGAUGUGUUGAAGCCUGCAGAUUUUGUCUUGCCACCCAUUUCGUCCCCAUCCCCCAGCUCUGUAAGCAGCAGGAGUGGUAGUUCUCUCUGUCAGCGUCCGUCCCGGACCUCCCACUCCCAGCUCGCCCAAACAUCCUUCUCGGUCUCUCUGCCUGGAUUAUACAAAGAUCAUCUUCACUGAUGUUGUGGUAAAUUAAAUUAUCGGCAUGCUCUGACACUACAGUCGGUGCGAUUAUAAAAGUAAAUUAUUUGAAAAUAUUUAA